UACUACAAAAUAUUUAUAUUCUUUAUUUACGCUCUCUUUGAAUUUCUAGUAGUCAAUGAGUUCAGCGGAAAACAACAAUAGUAGUUCGUAAAUCAGAAGCCAUAAAAGAUGCAUUGCGUAUUAGUUGAGUACGUAUAAGAUUUAAAAAAACUUUCAGACGCGGAGCUGAAGUGAAGUGUUAUAUAAAAAAAGCGGACAAAAUUUACUAGUAAUAAGCAAGAUUGACGUAAACUUGCAAAAAUAAACGUGACUUGAAUUCAAAACCAGUAUAAAAUUCGUCGAAUCGAUAAGUCAUGGUCGCUGCAAAGGCUAUUGCAGAUCUCUGCAUUUAUAUAUUAACUUGGAACGUUGGUACGAAUUCGCCAAAUAAUCUGUCAUUGACAGAUGCACUAUCGCUAAAUGGUACUUCCAAUUGCCCUGACCAACAAAUCCCUGAUAUAUAUGUUAUUGCAUUACAAGAAGUUAAUACCAAGCCAAAAAAUCAACUUUUAAACUAUUUUCAAGAUGAUCCUUGGGUUUUCAAGAUACGUGAACAUUUUAACGAUAAACAGUUUGCCAAAGUAUCAACAGAACAAUUGCAAGGAAUUCUCAUUAUGAUGUUUUCGCAAAUACAGCAUAUUCCACAUAUAAAGGAUAUUGAAGUUGGAAGUACUAAGACUGGUUUUGGUGGCUUAUGGGGUAACAAAGGUGCAGUUAGCAUACGUAUGAGUUUAUAUGGUACUGGUGUGGCAUUUGUUGGUGCACAUUUAGCAGCUCACGACAAAAAACUAAAAGAACGAAUAGAAGAUUAUAAUCAAAUUAUAAAUAAUCAUCACUAUGAUACAAACAAAUACAAAACGAUAUUUGAUCACGAUUUUGUUUUUUGGUUUGGUGAUCUAAACUUUCGCAUCGAUGGUACUGACUCAGCCUGGGAUAUACGUACUUUAGUGGAAGCUCGCCAAUUUGCUGAGCUACUUGAACGUGAUCAAUUAAAUUUAGUGCGUAAAACUGGAAAUGCUUUUGGCCGAUUAGAAGAGCAUACAAUUGAUUUUGCACCUACAUUCAAAUUUAUUGAGGGUACAUCGGAUUACGAUUUAAAUCGUAGACCUGCAUGGUGUGAUCGCAUUCUAUAUCGUGUUCAAGCUGAUAAAUAUCCUAGCAUUAAGUUGAGUCUCGAUCAGCUAUCAUAUAAAUCACAUCCUGAGUAUACAUUAUCUGACCACAAACCAGUAUCUGCGGAAUUUCUCUAUAAAAUUGAAACCGAAACUCAUACCGAUGAAGACCUCCACAUACUAACACAUAGUGAUGGAAAUACCGAAACUCCAUUAGCCAGUGUAAUUAUAUUGACUACUGCAUUUUUAUACGCAUUUAUUUAAGUUUCUGUCUUCCAUAGUUUUUUUAGUGUACAAAAAAACGAAAAUUUAUUAACUCAAGAACAAAUCUGAAAGAUUGGUGAUAAGGUUGACGUCAAACGUUUAGUAGUCAGUAUGUUAAAGAACUACCUCUCUCUGUAUUUUGGGUCUUCACCUUCGUUUUGUUUUUUUUGUUAAAGUUAAUUAUUUUGUUUUGUCGAACGAAGGCAGUUUCUCAAAAUCUUCUCAAGUUUUUAACACACAGUAAUCUCACAUAAUUUAUACUCCUUAUUAUUAACAAAUUAUAUACACUUAAAACUGUAUUAAUAUUCACCAUAUUGAUUGUAUAAGUUUGAACAUUUUAUAUAAUACUUAUAUCAGUAAUGCAGAUUAAAAAUUUUUUGAAAUUGCUAAUUGAAAUAAUGUGUUUUUUACAUGUAUUAGAGACUCUCUUAAUUACUUUAUACUAGUAUCAAUAGAUGAUACGUACACAGUGUGAUUUAAACAUAUUGUAUAAUAAAAUAUCAUAUAUGAAUA